AUGGAAGAUGAAUUAUAUGUUCAAGAACUUGAUGAUUAUGUUAAGAGGCAUAAUAUUCAUAAAAUUCUCCGGGAAUCGAUAGUUAAUCUCUGUCUAUAUAGGCCUGAGAACCCCAUUCAUUUCCUACACGAAUAUUUUGAGGCUCUAGAUGUCUCCUCUUCAAAUUCACAUAAACCUACCUCAAGUUCCACAUCCAAGCCCACCGUUACGCCACCGGUAAAGGAAUUUUCCAAUGCAAACAAUAGCUACCCGUCUCCAUCAGCUGGUUCUGAACCCUCCUCUAUGAAUCCGGAUAACAUUCCCCUUGACGAGUCCUCCACAAGUACUCAAAGACGUCAUUCUGGUGAGCAGUGGUCAAGCAACCAAAAUGGGCUUAGUGAUGGUGAUGAUACCAGCGAAGCUCGAUUUCAUUCUUCCCCAAUUCUUAGAGCAUCCAGUUCAUCAUGCUCAGCAGGUUCUUUCAAUGCUACUCGUCGAGUUAGGCGUGGCGCUGUGAGUGGAGAAGUAUACACUGAAGAAGACGCGGCUUCUUAUGUGAAAAAGGUAAUUUUGAGUUUUCGAAUGAUUUAUUUUAAAUGA